UCAUCGCCAACCCACGUCCAAGCGUGUUUCCAUGCAUUCCCUGACACUUCCCUGUGGGACGGAAAAGUGAAAAUUUGUGAAAAAAACCAUGUCGAUGGUUGCAGGGAGUCUCGGACCCGCUACCCACUCUCUUCCACAGGUGCGCUGUCCCAAAGUCCCCCAAGCUUCUCUUCCUUCACAUUGGCACCCAUCAUUCACCAACCAUUUACCACCAAACCAGACGCCUGUGACACAUGCAGAUCUCACCACCUGUUUCGUGUGGGGGUUAUGCUAACGACAACAUGAGUCGGUCUUCUAGAAUUGCAGAUUUGCAAAGUUCCACAGCCAAAUUGCACGGCAUUGCUUCAUCUCACCCUCCUAAGUAUUUUGAUUCCUUCAUCGGCAUUCCCUCUGGGUACCUGACGGAGGACAUUAAAUUUGAAUCCAUGACGUCAAGUUCUCCAUAUCAACGUGGACUCAAUCAUCCUGGGUGAUACAUUUCUGGUCUUUUAUACAAAACAGUCUCGCCCCAAAAUUGCUCAAGAGGAUGAAUAACAAGGCCCUCUUGUCUGUGUUGCCUGUUCUAGCCAUUCUCUGGAACGGUUCAACGACACAUAUACUAUCGUCAGGAGUUGUAUCAUGGCUUCCGCCGACCUAAACCCCGACAAUGUCCAAGGUCUCUCGAUCGUCAACCCACAGCGCCGGGUACUCCCAGGCCCAUCGCUUCUCCAUGAUCUGGUGGCCAAGCCUGCAAAUGAUACCCUCAUGCUCGACUUUCUUCAGCCAGACGAUACUCGUGUCAAGAUCAGUUAUCAUCGCUUUCAACUUUUGACUGAUCUUUUGGCUAGACAUAUUCGAUCACGCAUAGCCCAAUUGCCCGCUCGACAAGUCAUUGUUCCUGCAAUCAUACCCCAAUGUCCAGAACUAUAUAUUGCUUGGGUCGGCGUGUUGAAGGCCGGGGCUGGCUAUUGUCCUGUCAAUCCAGAUAUCCCCGACGAACGCUUGAAAUUUAUUGUCAAAGACGUUGAAGCCCCUUUUGUGCUGACGACUAGCGUAAGCCAUCGCCAGGCUCAAAGUAUCCUGGUCGGCGUCGAUUGUAUCACUGUCUCUCUCCAGUCAUUGGAACAGGAGCUUCUUGUUGCAACCGAUGGCCGAGUUCAAGAUGCGUCGUUUCUGGACAUCGAUCCAAAGGGGCCAGCAUAUGUUAUGUACACCUCAGGGUCCACUGGACUCCCAAAAGGCGUCAAAGUCUCUCAUUUUUCAGCUACUCAGUCUUUACUGGCACAUCAGGAGCACAUUCCCAACUUCAAGCGUUUUUUACAGUUCGCUGCGCCGACAUUUGACGUUUCUAUAUUCGAAAUCUUCUUCCCCUUCUACCGGGGUGCAACUCUGGUGGGUUGUGACCGGGAGCGAAUGCUUGCGGACCUCCCUGGCACAAUGACAGCAUUGGACAUCGAUGCUGCCGAGCUCACUCCAACGGUAGCCGGAACUCUACUGUGCACAAGAGAAGCCGCACCAUGCUUAAAGACUCUCCUCACCAUUGGAGAAAUGUUGACCCCUCAAGUGGUCACUGAAUUUGGGGGCACUGAUGAUCGACAAAGUAUGCUGUUCGCCAUGUAUGGUCCAACAGAAGCGGCCAUCCAUUGCACCAUUGCUCCCAAAUUGGCUGCAUCGGCAUCCGUUCGAAGCAUAGGCAUCCCAUUUUCCACCGUAACUGCCUUUGUUCUAAAGGAAGACUCUCUUCUCGAGAUUGCGCCAAUUGGACAAGUUGGCGAGCUUUCCAUAGCCGGACAGCUGGCAGAUGGCUAUCUCAACCGCCCAGAUCAAAGUGCAGCUGCCUUUGUAUACCUGCCUGGUCACGGAAACGUGUACAAGACGGGCGAUCGUGCUAUGUGCCACCCGGAUGGACGUCUCGAAAUUCUAGGCCGAAUUUCCGCUGGACAAGUAAAGAUUCGUGGCCAGCGAGUUGAACUGGGAGAAAUAGAACAGGUCGCUGCAAAGGUUCCCAACCUCACCAUCGCCGUGGCGAGUGUGAUAGAUGAUGUUCUUGUCUUGUUCUGCGCAGGCAAUCAAGCUCUUGCCCAUGGUGAUGUCGCAGCCACCUGCAAGUCGUGGCUCCCACCUUUCAUGCGGCCCGGCGAGAUCUUCCACGUUGAAGAAGUCCCUCGCCUCCCCUCUGGGAAAAUUGAUCGUAAAUCCCUUGAGAGUACUUACCGACAGUCUCGAAACUUGAGCAUCCAAGACGAGUAUUUUGAGGAUGAGCUCGAACGAAACAUUGCAUCAAUCUUGAGGGAUGAGCUAAGUAGUCGACCACAACGACUGACAUCCCUUUGGUCAUCUGGACUUGAUUCGCUUCAUGCAAUCAAAGUUGCCUCAAAACUUCGCCAAAAAUAUCCAAACGUCUCUGCUGCCAUGGUUCUGGAAGCCGAAAACAUCCCUGAGCUUGCGAUCCUGAUUCGCAAGACUGAUGGUCUGGAAAAGAAAUCCGACAAAAGCAAGGAGGGAUUAAACGCUGAAUGGGCUGCGAUUGAACAGGAACUCCAAAACCAUUCCCAGCUCCGCAAACCGGGACAGCCUUACGAUAGACUUCUACCAUGCAGUCCGAUGCAAAUCGCUAUGCUGGUAGAAACUUGUACCGAUGAGCGUUUGAAUUUCAAUGAUAUACUGGUCAAGCUGGAUACCACUGUAUCUUUCCAAGACUUCGAGGAGGCUUUCCAGCUUCUCGCCCACCACAAUGAGAUCUUACGCUCGGGGUUUAUCGCGACUGGGCGAGAGGCUAUCCCCUUCGCCCAAGUCGUAUGGCAAGAUCUUGGUGGCUCAGAGCUUUCCUUACUACACCCAAUCAAAUUAAGCAGUAAAGGAGAGGACAAGAGUGAAGUCCUCGUGCGCAUUCAUCACGCUAUUUACGAUGGGUGGUCUUGGGACUUAAUCCUAGACGACUUGAACUCGAUACUCUCCGGGAAGUCUUGUCCAGAGCGCAUCCAAUACACCGAUUUCUACGAUUCUCAAUUAAGCCAGACAAGCUUACAGGCGCAAGAACACAUCGAGUAUUGGCGUCACACAUUCAACUCCUUCAUUCCCACUCCAUUUCCCAAUCUGUCGUCCAACGAAGCCGCUGCUCCUGGCCGAAGAACGUUGAAAACGACACUGUCGAUUUCACCGUCAAAGCUAUCUGAGGCAUCUCGUUCGCUGAGAUGCAGUCGCGCAACCAUUUUGGAAGCUUCUUGGCUUUUCUUACUAUCUACUUACCUUGAUAGCCAGGAUGUUAGCAUUGGCACCGUUCUGGCCGGCCGCCACAUUACUCUGCCAGGAGUGGAAACCAUCAUCGGACCUUGUCUGGCUACAUUGCCAGUGAGGGCUGACCUGGAUGCUUUAAGAACCGCCCAUGACGUUCUGCAUCACAUACAAAGACAGCACAUGGCUUGUCUUAAGCACGGCAAUCUAAGCCUGCAUGAUGUUAUGCGAGCCAUUGGAAACACUGAGAGGGUCAGAUUGUUCGAUUCUCUAUGUGUAUGGCAGGAGGACGGUUUUGCCAAAACGAGAGAUCGAUCCAAGGUCAUAACUUUGGAUACCUGUGAUGCACUGGACUAUGCUGCUGUGCUCGAGUUUGAGCCGCGCGAAGAGUCCAUCCUUCUCAGACUGACUUUUGAUACUGGUCUGAUUUCGAAUCGACAGGCCAACAUACUCGCCUCACAAUUGGACCGCAUUUCAAACAAUAUUCUUGAUCAUCCAGAUGCUGACUUGCAGUCUCUUUGCAAAGGUAUGAAUACCGAAUCGCUAUCGGUGUCUAACAUUUCCUACCGAUCUUUCACGAAAGACUUUGAUCUUGCCUCGACAAUCUCGCACUUGGCAAUGGAGUCGCCAAACAAAAUAGCCGUUGAGUUUGUACAAGACUUCGACAUUUCACGAGAACCGACCAUAUCUACGCUGACCUACAAACAAUUGUAUGCCGAUGCGUCUGCUGUAGCAUCUGCUCUCAAAGUCAAAUACAAUGUCGUGCAAGACGAUUUAGUCUGUGUACUUGCGUCAAAGUCUUUGGACUUGUAUGUCGGUAUACUCGGUGUUGUCUUAGCGGGCGCUGGCUACCUCUGCAUUGAUGUGCGAACGCCUGCUGAAAGAACAAGGCAGAUUCUCCAUGAAUCAAAGGCUUCGAUUAUCCUAACGAAUGGACAAGACAACAGUGUUCUUCAUGGUACAGAAGAGCGCCAAUUCCUCCCGAUCAGUGACCUUGUAAAGCAGUCAAACUACUCUAAAUGGUCUCGGCCACCCAGCUACCCUCUAGACAGCCUUGCGUAUGCAGUUUUCACUUCAGGCAGCACAGGUAUACCAAAGGGGGUCCUCAUAACACGACAAAAUUUACUCAGCAAUAUUGAGGAGCUUUCGCACAUCUAUCCAACCGAUCCUAGCGUGGAUAAACUACUUCAAGCAUGCUCUCCUGCCUUUGAUGUCUCCGUCUUUGAGAUCUUCUGGACGUGGCACAUGGGAAUGACACUGUGUUUUUCAUCAAAUGAUAUUCUCUUCAGAGACAUCGAGCAGUUUAUCAACGCCAUGGAAAUUACCCAUCUUAGCUUGACACCUUCCGUCGCCGCCCUCGUCAACCGUGAUAGCGUUCCUGGAGUAAAAAUGCUAGUCACGGCUGGCGAACCCAUGAAUUCGAAAGUCUUUGAUGAUUGGAAGGGUCGAGGUCUGUUUCAAGGCUAUGGUCCAAGUGAGACUACAAACAUCUGCAACGUUCGUCCUCGAGUCUCCAAACUUGAUGAUCUACAUAAUGUGGGACCACCAUUUGCCAACACCUCGGUGUUCAUUUGUCGGAGAUGGAAAUCAAAUAACGGCACGGACCAAGAAAGCAUUCUCAACGCUCCUUCGGACGACUCAUUACAAAUUCUACCAAAGGGUGCCGUUGGUGAGAUUUGGAUUGGUGGCGAACAAGUAGGGAAAGGCUACAUCGAUGCGUCUCUGACCGAGAAGAGCUUUCUCAACCACCCCCACUAUGGUCGACUGUAUCGCUCUGGAGAUAUUGGGAGACUUCUGGCAGACGAAUCACUGGUCAUCCUCGGUCGAGAAGAUGACCAAGUCAAAUUGAGGGGUCAGCGUAUCGAGCUUGGAGAGAUCAAUUCAUCUGUUCUCAAGUGUGAUGGUGUCAAAGACGCAGUGUCGAUGAUAGUCAAGGACACCACUGAUCAUGACCGGCUUGUCACAUUCUGGUCACCCGAACACACCAAAAACGAAGGAUCUCUUGCUCUCACAACUCGAGAGUAUUAUGAUAAACUGCACAGUCUGCUGCCCACUUAUAUGAUUCCAGAUACACUUGUUCACGUGGGCAAGAUGCCACUAACAGGGCAAGGGAAGAUUGACCGUCGAUCAAUGUUUGAUAUCUAUCGCAACUUGACAAAGUCUCAACUCCAGGCAAGCUCGCGGAACAGCGAUGACACCCAUCUUUCGGAGCCCCUCUCUGAGCAAGAACAUGGCAUCGCAUGGGCAUUGUCUGAAGUUCUUGGCGUCAGUGUAACGGAUAUUGGCCGUAACAGUUCAUUCUAUGGCUUGGGAUUGGACUCGAUCAGUGCCAUACGACUUUCUCGUUUGAUGAAAUCGCGGGGCCAUUCAUCCAUGGAGGUCUCCAUAAUCUUACAAAAUCCUUCGAUUGGUAAGCUCAUGUCCGCUAUUCGUACACUCGACGCGAAUCACGAAUCGCACCAUAAAACCCACUCCAAAGACCUCUCGGGUAGCUGGCAGACGAAACUGAAAGACCUUUAUGGAGGGGAAGGGUAUCAAAUCGACAGAUUCCUGCGUUGUACGCCUUUGCAAGAGUCUAUGAUAUCUAGCUCGAUCAUUUCUCCCAACAACGCAUAUUCCAACAAACUUGUCUUCAAAGUUUCGGGACACCUUUCAGCGCUACGUGGCGCUUGGAGUACAGCCAUGCAGAGACAUCAACUACUUCGAACAGGCUUUGCUUCAAUACACUCAGCAAACAACCCGUAUGUGCAAGUUGUCUUGGAAGAAUACCACCUCCCGUGGCAGGAAGGUGACUCCAAGAAGAGCACGGAGACCAGUUUGGACCAUCUCAUGCUACCUCCUUGGAACCUUCAGGUGAUUGUCGAAGGUGGUGAGCAUUAUCUUAUUCUGCACAUCCACCACGCUCUUUACGAUGCUGAAGCUAUGUCUUUACUUUUGAACGAGAUCGAGAGUUCAUAUUUUGGUUGUGAACUUGCAGAGCCAGUCCCUUUCGAUCGAUAUUUGGACUACAUGCUUCUGCAAGAAGGCGAACAUAUGAACACAUUUUGGAAAAGUCAACUACAUGACGUUGUACCUAGUAGGCUGGCCGAGGUCCUCCCCAACGAUGCAAGGUCGCAACAGCCUACGACAGCAGCUCGUAACUCCUCCGUUCGCCUGUCUACCCUGAAAACUCGGGUGAAGAAGCUCUCAACAACCACUAUUGCUGUACUUCAAGCAACAUGGUGCCGACUGCUGUCCAAACUAUUGAAAUCGCAAGAUGUUUGCUUCGGCAAUGUCCUCAGCGGCCGCAAUCUUCCCAUUGAUGGAGUGGAAAGGAUUAUCGCACCAUGUUUUAACACUCUUCCAACGAGAGUAUAUGUAAAACAAAACUCGUCCAUUGAGGAUUUGUGCCACACCAUACAACGCACAAAUCUAAGUAUCCUGCCAUUCCAGCCUAGUUCUCUCAGGCAGAUUCAGCGUCAGAGUGUGCAUGACGGACGAGGCCUGUUCGACACUCUUGUUUUACUCCAGAAUAAGCAGCCCAAGCUUGAUGAGAGAAUUUGGACGCUGAACCAGGAAUCUGGCGACAUGUCGUUCCCGUUCAUUCUGGAAGUCGUGCUCGAUGCUGAGGCUGAUACUGUCCAACUUCAACUGCACUCCGAAGUUGCAAACCAGGUGUUCUUGGAGAAGCUCUUGCUGUGUUUCGAUUUGUUACUAAACCAUUCAAUUUCGUUUCCUCAGGCUCGAGCUGCAGACUAUUACACCAUUGCAGAUGUUUUACCUUCAGUCGUCGAUGUGGUUCCUCCGAAAGGGCUCACAAAUUCGCGCCACCCUGCGGGAACGAUCUCUCCCGAAGACCUAUCUAUCGCAGAGAGGGAAAUCGUCGAAAUCAUCACAAGCCUGAAACCUGAAGCACGCACAGGAAUUUCAAAACAUACCACGAUAUUCCACCUUGGUCUGGACAGCCUCAACACCGUGCAAAUUGCUUCGCAACUUCGCAAGCAUGGAUACAAAGUCACCAGCGCCAGCAUCCUAGAAGCUGCCAGCAUCGAGAAGAUAGCUCUAUUAUGCUCGAAGGAUGCAACAUACAACGACCUUCCUGGUUUCGACUUUGAGGCAUUUGAAAAGGUGCAAAAGACGUUGAUUUGUCAUGAGAAUAAUAUCGACCUGAAUCGCGUGCAGACUGUGAGACCAUGUACAGCGACGCAAUCUGGAAUUCUGUCUGAAUGGUUACGCUCGAACGGCCGACUCUACGUCAACUCUACACGCUUCUCACUCCGACGUCAAAUCAACAUUUCACAACUCUGCCGUAGUUGGGAUGCAGCCAUCUCACGGCACGAGAUGCUCCGGACCGGAUUUGUUGAAUUCGAAGACUCCACAUAUCCUUUCGUAAUGAUCACAUACCGUCCAGGUGCCACAAAAUUACCUUGGAUCGAGCAGGACAAGUCGCAUAACGAGAAGGUGAUGGUGCAAAAGCAAUUCUCUGCCCUAGGAGAUCCUCCUUGGCAACUACGCCUGUCGAGCGAAAACGGAGCACAAAUCCUUGAACUACGUAUGUUACACGCUCUUUACGAUGCUCAUUCCAUGAACAUAAUACUUAAUGACGUGGCGGGCAUCUACCGCGACAAUUAUAUACCUCCCCCGCUGCCAUUGAGUCCCACGAUUUCGAAGUUGCUUACCAUGGGUCGAGAUGAGAACUCGCGGCAUUUCUGGUCGAGCAUUGCACCUAAAAUGUGCCCCACUUUAUUUCCAGAUAUGAGAAUAUUCAACGACGAAGAGAGGCUUCCCGGUGUUGUUGAACGAUGGUGUAGCAAUCCACGGUCACGAGUUGAGAGGCUUUGUGCUAAUGGAGGAGCAAACCUACAAGCUCUCUUUGUAGCUGCAUGGUCUAUGAUACUGUCGGCAUACACUGCUCAACCACAAGUUACUGUUGGAAUAGUACUUGCGGGCCGAGAUCUAGGCGAUGAGGAAACCACGAAUGUGGCAUUUCCGUGCAUCAACACAGUUCCCUUCCCAGUCGAGAUAGGAGACGACCAUGCAGCACUUCUCGAGAGAUGCUCCAAGCGAAAUGCCAAAGUUACAAGGUAUCAACAGACUCAUCUCAAUCUGAUCAAACAAUGGACUGGUAUUGAAGAAACCUUCUUUGAUACCAUCAUUGCGUUCCAGAAAUACGACGCAUCAUCAGAAGUCAAUGGCGUUUGGUCACGCCUAGAUGAACAUGCCACCGCGGAGUAUGCGGUCUCUCUGGAGAUAUUCGCCGAAGACGAUGACAGACUCCGCUUCCAGCUCACCCACCGGACCAACGUAUUGCCUACAAGACAAGCUUCAAUUGUUCUUCAGGAGUUCGACGCAGCGAUAAACAAGAUCAUGUCUACUAUCGACGGCAACGAGCUGAACGUUCCUGACGAGCUGCUAUCAAUUGUCCCUUGCAAAGAUGUCAAAAUUGCCACCAACGUCAGUUUUCUACAUGAAUUUGUUGAGCUAUCGGCAAAAGAAAUACCAGACAACACAGCUUUAGAAUUCGUCACAGCCUCACAUAAUGGCCAAGUUUCAAAGCGAGCCUGGUCCUACAAGGAGUUGGAUUGCGCCGGAAAUAAAAUUGCCAACUUGAUCACCUCUUAUAGGCCAAAACCGGGUGGUCUUGUGGCUGUUUGUUUUGACAAAUGCCCUGAGGCAUCUUUCGCCAUAUUGGGUGUCUUAAAGGCUGGUUUUGGUUAUCUAGCCAUUGAUCCUACAGCGCCAGAAGCCAGAAAGUUGUUCAUCCUGAAAGACUCUGAUUGCCAACUUGUGCUAACAACACAAGACAAAUUGGGAGACUUUUGUGAUGCUGAGAGGGUCACGACUGUCGCAGUCAGUGAAGAUCUAUUGCAAAACUUGUCAGAAGAAAAGGCGUCAGUUGCCACUGUUAAUCCAGAAGACACUUGCUAUUGUCUGUACACUUCUGGUACCACUGGAACGCCCAAAGGAUGCCUGAUCAGUCAUGAUAGUGCUGUUCAAGCGAUGUUGUCAUUCCAACGAAUAUUUCAUGGUCGGUGGAAUUCUUCUUCCCGUUGGCUCCAAUUCGCCUCAUUUCAUUUCGAUGUCAGUGUACUGGAACAGUAUUGGAGCUGGAGUGUGGGCAUCUGUGUGACUUCUGUCCCACGCGAUCUGUUGUUCGAAGACUUCCCGGGAACCAUCAAUACCCUCAAGAUAACACAUCUUGAUCUCACACCUAGUCUCGCGAGGCUGUUGACCCCCCAAGAAGUCCCAAACCUGUCUCGAGGUGUCUUCAUCGUUGGAGGCGAGCAGGUCCGACAGGAUAUUCUGGAUACCUGGGGCGAUGUUGGUUGUCUGUAUAACUUUUAUGGACCGAGCGAGGUUACAAUUGGUUGUACUGUUCAUCGAAACGUUUCUAAACUUGCGAAACCAACCAACAUUGGUCAACAGUGGGACAAUGUUGGCUCAUUUGUACUUGAGCCAGGGACACAGAUACCCGUCCUUCGUGGUGCCGUUGGUGAGCUCUGCCUCUCCGGGCCACUUGUUGGAAAAGGAUACCUCAACAGGGAAGAUUUGACUCGGGAGAAAUUUGUAACACUACACAAGUAUGGCGUUCGAGUCUAUCGAACUGGUGACCUGGUUCGGUUACUGGAGGACCAAAGUUUUGAAUUCCUCGGAAGAAUGGAUGAUCAGGUCAAACUGCGAGGACAGAGGCUUGAAAUUGGCGAGAUCAAUCACGUGGUCAUGGGCUCCGAGCCUAGUCUGCAAGAUGCAACGACAAUGGUAUUGAAGCACCCCGUACAACAUAAGGAUCAAUUGGUUACCUUCUUCUCAACCUCCAAUCGACGGAGCAAAGAUGACAAGCCACGAUUGAUACCUAUAUCUGAGGUUGAGGCUAUUGUUGAGAAGAUCAAACAACACUGCUCUGCUCAUCUACCAUCAUAUAUGGUGCCAACUCAUUACUUUGCAGUGUCAUCGAUUCCUCUCACUGUAAACAACAAGGUUGAUCAUAAGUCCUUGAGAGAACUCUUCGCUCAGAGCUUUAGGAUUUCAGAAGCGUCACGAAAUGCGCCCCGCAUACCGAAUGAGGAAGUGGCCGGACUGCAUGAAGUUAUCAGAGUGUUGUCAUCAUUCCUACGGAUCUCACCGACCGCUAUUCAGCCCUCUUCGAGGUUGUUUGAGCUUGGGUUGGACUCCGUGUCUGCAAUCGCCCUAUCUAGGUCUCUUCGGAAGAAUGGUUUUAAGAAUGCUGAAGUUGGGACAAUAUUGAAGAACUCUGUUGUGACCGAGCUCGCCUUUGCACUUCGCCAGGACGAUCAGCAAAAACCCAAGCAGACAUAUCAAGAGGCACAAAAGGCAAUUUUGGCAUUUGCUGACGCUCAUCAUGACUCUGUGGCUCGAGAUUUAGGACUCGACAAGAAUAGCACACUCUAUCUUGCGCCUUGCACUCCGAUACAGGAAGGUAUGAUAUCAAAAACCAUGCAGAAGGAACUCGAUGGCAAAGCCUAUCUGUCUGCAUUCUACUACCAACUAGCUGAAAACAUUGACAUCAGCGUGUUGCGAGAUGCAUGGGUCGCUACUCAGAGGACAACGCCUAUACUAAGGACCUUAUUUGUUUCCACCGUCGAUGGCAACGCCCAGAUUGCUCUUCGAACUUGUUCUACGCCUCCAGUGAAUGUCCGCGCUCUACAAAAUGGCGAAAAGAAUCCAUCGAUUCCCUGGACCCGUUACUUCAAUGAUUGGAUAACAUCUGUACGAUCAUUUGGAAAAGAAUUACCAUGGAAAGUCGAACUUGUUACCCUUGGGAAGAGGAAAUAUAUGUCAUUGUUUAUGUUCCACGGAUUGUACGAUGGCAUCAGCCUACAACUUCUCUUGAAGAAAAUAGAGGACGUUUAUCUUGGGAUCGACGCAGGUUCAGAAGCGGAGCGAGGAUUUUUUGAAGCACUCCCACAUGGGCCUCUGACUGUACAUCCUGAAGAGAAAUCCUUCUGGAAAGAUAAGAUUCCUGAGGUCAGGCGGCUGGGCUUGCCCAAACAACAACAAAACGAAGAUAUCAGCUCUCAAAAAUCUUCACUUCUACGGAAAAUUCUGAACACCAAGAAAUUAUCGAACCUUUGCACCAGGUUAAACGUAACCGCUCCGGCGGUCUUCCAAGCUGCCUGGCUUUAUGUACUGGCGAAGGCUUACGACGUUAAUCCAACCAUAGGCGUUGUUGUUUCUGGGCGAGCUAUAUCGUUGGAUGGAGCCGAUAACAUUAUUGGGCCAAUGUUCAACACAAUACCCUUCAGUAUUCAAUAUUUGCCGAAAGGUGCCUCCUUUGCAGAUCUUGUUCGGGCUUGUCACCAAUACAACGUGGAAGUUAUCCCUUUCCAACAUACAGCCCUGCGACGAAUUGCUCGAUAUAUUGGGCACGAUAUGGCAGAGCCAAUGUUCGAAACCCUGUUUGUCUUUAACAAGGCCCAGCAACAAGACAAGGAAGUAACUCUGUGGAAAGAAAUACAUACUGAAGGAUCGUCCGACUAUCCACUGAACAUUGAGGUUGAACAGAAAGACCCUGAUAUCUUUCUGGUGACUUUAGCGACAAGACCGGAUUGUGUCAUUGAUGGAGAUCCUGAGUCGCUGUUUGAUGCCUAUUGCAACCACAUGAUGACUCUUGAGGACCUAGAACUUCCGCUUGCGGAUGCAUUCUGCAGAGCAACUAAUUCGCAAAAUACCAAGCAUGAUUCACAGCUAACUCGGACCCAAUCAUUGAAGGAUGUCAAUGGUGUCAACAACGAUUCCGAUUUGACCUGGCAAGAACUGAAGAUACGGACUCAACUUGCUAAUCUUGCUUCGGUUCCCGAAUGGAGGAUUCAUCGGAAUCAACCAACAAUCUUCGAGCUAGGUCUGGACAGCAUAGAGGCAAUGAAAUUGGUAGCACGGCUGAAGGACAUUGCACCAAACAUUGCCGUGAGCAUGAUCAUGAGAUCUCCGACGCUGGGUGGAAUUGCUAGAGAAAUCGACCGGGGCCUUCGAAAUGGUCAGAGAACUAUGGACGUCUCAUCGCGUCGCAUUGCUGAUGAUCAGGAAUCUUGGCGGGCUCUUCUCGAAAGACAAGGAAUAGAAGUUAGUGAAGUGCAGCGAGUAUUGCCCGUCACAUCCAUGCAAGAAGGUCUGCUUAUGGAUCCACAAAAUUACUUCAACAUUUUGGUGUACAAGCUAAGAUCUGGCUUGGACAUUGAGAAGCUGAAAGACAUGUGGGACGGUGUGAUCAGAAAAGAGCCUGUUCUAAGAACGCGGUUUGUCUCCAUCGACACGAACGGAGAAAACAACACUUUCCUCCAAUAUAUCACGAGAAACUUCAAUGGCGCUGAACUCAGUCGGCAGCAAUCGCUUACCUCCGUCACUCGAAAUCUAAUGGAUGACGGCAAGCUUUCUGGACUCGAGAAACAAACAUUCCAGAUCAGACUUGUGGACAAUGGGAAAGAGGAUCGCUAUUUGGUUCUGGGAGCUCCUCAUGCACUCUAUGAUGCCUGGUCGUUGAAUCUUCUCCACCAGGAGGUGGGCAAGCAAUUGUCACUCACCGAGCCCAAUGCUAUGAGCAUUGAGUCUGUCCCCUAUGAAGAUCAUCUCCAAGAGGUUAGUUACCAGGCACGAAGUUCCGAUGCUCGCAGCUUCUGGAGCCAGAUGGUCCAGGAUAUUCAACCAAAUGUCUGUAUAGGUCAUCUAGAUAACGGGAACACGUCAGAACAGCCCAUCCUUGUUCAAAGGCUUGCAGCAAUCAAUCUCGACAAAGCCUCAAAAUUCUGCAGACAUCAUGGCGUUACACUGCAAUGCCUAGCGCUCUUGUGCUGGACCACUACAUUGGCGAAUAUCACGAAGUCGCUCGAUGUAUGUUUCGGCAUGGUACUAUCCGGCAGGACGACAAGCAGCUCGGAGCAGCUGGUCUUUCCAACAUUCAAUACGGUGCUCUUUAGGAACCGUCUUGACCGAUCUGCAUCGAAAAUCCAGGCAUUGAGGGAUGUACAAAACACGUAUCUGGGCAUCGCCGAGAACCAGCAUUAUCCUCUCCGAGAAACACUUCGACUCGCAAGAGCACAAUCAGGAACCUCGAACUUGUUCGACACUCUGUUCACUUUUCAGAAGUUACCAAGUCCAGACAAGUCAGAACCUUGCGUCACCUUAUAUGACGAGUGUCAUGAAGGUCCGAUGGAGAUCAAACCACCAUACCCUGUGAACGUUGAAUUUGAAAGUCAUGGAGUGGACCUGAAGUGGACCAUUGCCCUUCAGGGUGGAGUUGCCGAUCAAGGUCUUGCAGAAAACUUGAUUCAUCAACUUGAUCACGUUCUUGUAUCAGUUGUUGAAGCUCCUGAAGCGGCUCUUGUUCAAUCUCUGAAUGAUCUUGUCUCUAUUUGUGGCUUUCCGAAUAUAGAGCUGAGAACCUCAUGCCAAUCGCUCACCAAUGGGAGCCAAAGAUAUUCGAAUGAGCCUCAAGGCAGCACACGAGAAACCGACCACUGGACCGCUCUGGAAACCGAGUUAAGGACUGUACUGGCAAAAGUUUCAAGGCUGAGUGAUGAUGAGAUUACCAAAAAAGCGAGCAUCUUUCAUCUUGGCCUCGACAGUGUGAGUGCGAUUAAAGUUUCCAAUCUCUUCAAGAAAAAGGGUAUCAAGCUGCCUGUCAGCGACAUCAUCAAAGCACAGACAAUCGAGGCAAUGGCACAGAUGAUUUCACAGAGCAAUAAUAAAGACACUUCUGUCAGCAAUGCAAUACACUCAGAAGAGAAGUUGUUGGCUCCAAUGUUGGAUCAUCUGGACAUCAACUCAACUGAUGUUGAAGCCAUACUCCCCGCCACCGCAGGACAGAGGUAUAUGCUGGAUAUGUGGAAAGCGAGUCGAGGACGACUCUUCUAUCCAACAUUUUGGCUUCAUAUGAGUGGAACCACGCGAUCUAGAAUACAUGACGCGUUUUCGACAAUUAUUGCUGAGCUUCCAAUGUUCAGGACACGAUUUGCACUCCACCAGAACGUACAGGUUACAUCCAUGUGGCAAAUUGUUCUGAAAGCUUCUUCAAAUAACAAAUAUGACCUACCAUGGUCAUUGGAUAUCGAAGAGGGUCCGAAAGGGCAACUGGUAACCUUGAAAAUUCACCAUGCACUCUACGACGCAGUGUCCUUACAGUUGAUUUUCUCGGAGCUCAAAAGAUUGUGUCAAAGCGGGCAUGACAAAGUUCAGCUCAACAGUAAUAUCAAAAAUCUCAAUGUUGAGUUUCAGAGAUAUUCUGGCCAAGCAGAAAAGUUCUGGUCGGCAUACUUUGCAGAAUCUGGGACAAUUCUCCCAGUCUUGGACACUGGAACUUUUGCUGUGCAACGGGUGGAACGAUUUAAUCCAAAGGUUCUACUGCUAUCUAAAACCUCUCCCUUCUUAAGGAAGAACGGAAUCACUAUUCAAGCACUUUUGUUCGCAGUUUACUCCAAGAUCUAUUUUCGGUUCAAGCAAACUCGGUUUCAAGAUCAGCGCUCACCAACCCACAAGACUGAUGUCGUGAUUGGAAUCUACUUGGCAAAUCGAUCGCUAGAUCUUGAGGGCUUAGUGGACUGUGUUGCACCAACAUUCAAUAUUGUCCCUCUCAGGGUCCGUGUCGAGGGUCGGUCGUUGUUUGAGAGUGCAGCAAUGAUUCAGCAAGACCUUGCAGACGUCACGAAAUUCGAAAAUUGUUGUACUAGCAUACAUGAUAUACAUGCCUGGACAGGUGUGAAGAUUGAUACCUAUGUCAACUUCCUCUCGCUUCCAGGGUCUGAAAAUGAAGACGACGGAGCUGUUGAUGGGGCUUGGCAGAACGGAGUAAAGGAAGACGAAGACAGAGAAGAAGUUGCCAUUACGCAUGCUGAGCUCGAAGACAAAGAGAAGCUCAGACUCGAGACUCCGAACCCUACUUCGCCUUUCUUCGAUGCCAAAACCUCAGAGCUCUGUGAGGUUGAGUGGUGCAUGCCAUCCAUCGACAUCGAAGCCAAAGUUGAGAAUGGCCAUUUGGGUGUUGGAGUCUUUGCGCCUUCGGACAUGCUUUCGGAGGAGGAGGCUGACAGUAUGAUUGCUGCUAUUGGGAGCAGCAUAGAGAGCGAAACUUCUGCGGUCUUGGGUGCAAGGGGAUCUCAAGGAGAAUCUGGGUGAUUCAGUUCAUUUGAGGUAGAUGAAACGCUUUGUCCCGCGGAGAUGGACUACAAUUAGUAUAUAAACUUGCUAGAUUCUGUGAAGUAUCAUAUAGAUGUUGAUGAUGCCCUCCUUUUUGUGGAUGUUUUUGGUCAAAAAUGAUGGGCUCCAACUUGAAAAGGAG